UGUUGGGAGACGUACGCUCGGGGGAGCAUUUUCAGUUGCUUACUUGGUUAGGAUUGAGUGAGAGAGUGUGAGCAAAAGCAAAGCAAAGGGCAUUUGAAAAACACUGAAAGCAAGAAACAACGAAUUUAAGAAAAUCAAAUGCAUUUGUGGGUUACCAGUUCAACUUAUCCACCGCAUCUCAGUUUCCCUGUAAAGAGCGAGGCUCAAGUGGAAGAAAUCAGGGUGUGCACCAAUCGUACCUGCCGGAGACAGGGCUCCAUGCAGACCUUCUACAUCCUCACGGCUCUGGCCCCGCCUGGUGUCUCCGUGAAGUCCUGCGGCUGCCUUGGCCGCUGCGGUGCUGGCCCCAACGUGGCCCUGCUUCCCGACGGCCAAAUAGUGGGGCACUGCGGCACCGCGGCCGGAGCGGCGGAGCUUAUGGUUGGAUUAUGGCACGGAGGUGGCGUUGGUGAUGCUUCUAACAAGAGUAAGAGUAAGACUAGCCUCGAUGCUCUCGCUUUGAGAAUGAGAGCUGAGGCUCUAGUUGAUGAGGGCAAUUUCAGUGAGGCCGAGCGCUUGCUCUCCCAGGCUAUAGAUUUAAAACCAUUUGGUGGCGUUCACAUCCUUUACAAACAAAGAUCUCUUGCUAGAUUGGCAAUCCACAAUUAUUCUGGGGCUCUUGAGGAUGCCACCGAAUCUUUGACAUUAGCCCCCAACUAUGCCGAGGCUUAUAUUUGUCAAGGUGAUGCAUUCUUGGCUAUGGACCAAUACGAUGCAGCUCAAAAGUCGUAUUCAACAUGUUUGGAAAUAGACCCUUCUAUUUGCCGUUCCAAAUCAUUCAAGAUUCGGAUAGCAAAACUUGAAGAGAAACUAGCUACAAUAAAUAUGUCACAUGACUCCAUUUCAGAGACGUAAUUGUACUGAAGAAGAAUUUAGAACAAGUGAUGUUGUUUCAGAUACUUCCAGGCUGUUGAAGCUGUCAGGUACCAUUAAAUACAUGAAAGAGUUGUUGCUUUGCUGAAAAUCUGCCUUCUGCACUACCAACGGCUACUUUGGGAUCGAUCCCCUACUUCAUGGGAUUGGUUCUUCACCUGAAAUUUAAAAAUUUGUGAGACGGGGAUCUGUUUGCUUAGGGACCUUUUUGCUUCUGUCCAACAUUGACUGAUCCCUUAACCCUUGGGAUCCAUCCUUGUUGCUUCUCUUUGAAUAAAACAUCUAAUUUGAACCUUUUUUGUUUCAAAGCAAUUUUGAUAUUUCGAAACACCGUAAAUACUUGAUAUAAAUAUGAAUUUUAAUGUCAUUAAGUAAUUUAAGAUUUUGAAUAUCUCCUAAGCGUAAAAAAAUUAUUUAAGGGUUUUUGAAAACGAAGAAUUUAAGAUAAAGUCUAUUUAAGCAAUUUUGAUAGUAGUUUUUGUUAUUUCAAAAUUAAAAUCAAUUUAAAGUUAACACUUCCAUUUUUUUUUCUUUAUUUGUUUGUUUUUCCAAGCAUUUUAUUUGACUUGAUUUGUAUUAGAUGUCGUGUUUAGCUUCAAGGUUAAGUUGUUCUUUGUUAUUUCUUUGUUCAAUUACUUUUCGAUUACAUUCUGAUACUAUAAUUCAAUAGAAUUGUAAAAAGAAGCUCCAA